AGUUUUUCAGCACAAAUCGCCGGAAUAAGUCGUAAAAGUUUUAACCUCCUAAAUAAUUUCUCAUCGAAAUAUUUUUAAACUUAUACUAAGGAAGAAUUUGUGUGAUCGAGUUUGAAGUAAACAUCAUCGGAAAAUGAUUACUGUUGAAAGAUUUUUGUGUUGGGAUUUAGAAGUUGGCGGUCUCGCGAUCGGCUGGUUCUACUUCAUUUGUAGCAUAAUUAGUUGUGUCUUAUUAGCGUUUGGUGCAGCUGGUGUUCUGUUCGCCGAUUGCCAAACUCUUACGAACAAUCAAGAUGUCAGUUGUGGCGCAAUAAGAGCUGGAAUUUUUGUGGGAGUUUUAAUCGCUUUUCUUAUUUUACUCCUAUUCGUAUACUUGGCUCGUUUAUUAAUUAAUGGAACAAAAGAGCGCAAUGAUUCUCGUGUCAAGCCGAUGAUGAUCGUGUUUGGAAUUUUUGCAGUACUUUCGAUUUUCGGGAUAUUCAGUUUGCAAUCAAAGAAGAUAGCUUCAUCCAUACUCAGUGUUAUCCUUUAUUCGUACGGAUUCGUCGUUCUUUUUUCUUUGUAUGACAGAUUCCGAAUGGAACAUAAUUUUGAAUCGGAUUUACUUGUACGAUCUGAAAUUCUCAUCAGGAUGAUUACUGUGGAUAAGUGCUUGUGUUGCGGGUUGGAGACUGGAGCUCUUGUGAUCGGAUGGUUAAAUCUCAUCGGCAACAUCCUCGGAGUAAUAGUCAUAGCAAUUUCUUUAUUUGGAAUUUUCGUCUCUGGAUGUGAUGAAAUCAAAAAAGCUGCCAUGCAAGAUGAAACUUUUAAAGACUUAGGCAUUGAUGGAUGUACUCUUAGGAUAGUUUUUGUUGUAGCUCUCAUCGUUGGCUUGAUUUUGUGCAUUGCGUUGGCUUCCUUUUCUUAUCUUUUAAUUCAAGGAACGAAAAAACGCAACCAUGUUCGUGUCAAGCCUAUGAUGAUUGUUAUGGCAAUUGGAGCAAUUCUGUCAUUCCUUGGAUUGUUAACAUUUAACCCUCAAGAGAUGGUGUCGUCUGCCAUCAGCGGUCUUAUUUAUGCGUAUUUUUUCGUCGUUUUGUUUUCGUUAUACGAAAUAUUCCGAAUGGAAAAAGAACGUGGAAUGACACUUCAACCUCAAUAUCAAGCAUCUGCACAGGAGGGAUAUUUCCAACCACCUCCAAAAGUAUAAGCAAAUUAAAUUCACAUCCUAAAGAGCAAAGUGAAGAAAUUUUGAAGAUUUAUUUGAAUAUUCUACAGCGGGAUUUCUUAAAAGAAAAAAUUCAGGAAUUUGCCAUUGUCCACUGUACGAGUAUAAAAAUUUUGGAUGCUAAUUAAAACAUAAUAAAUGUUGCUUGUGGGUUUCAAACAUAUUUUUAGUCGUUUGACGACAUACACGAUCUCAUGAAGAUAUAAGCCUUAAAUAUAUAUUUGGAUAAAGUAGUCAUUUCCUUAUUCUAAGUGAGCAUUGUCUAUUUGAUUGUAUUUAUUCAAGGAUAUCAAUAAAGAAUUUCUAUGUGCUGUAAGAAUUGAUUAUCAGAUUUUGACUUACUCGUGAUUUGCUAAAUUUUCUCAUAACAUUUCGAAGAUGAGCAUAACUCAAAUACAU